UCAAAACAGAAAAGUAAAAAUUUGUUAAAAUAUUUCGAGGAAUUAUAUUGAGUUUAUAGUCAUCAUUAAAGAAAAUAUGGAUCUAAAACCUUAAAAUAUGUAAUAUCUAGUAUCUCAAAAAACACCACUCUCAAUAUUAACAUAGACAAUUAUCAGGAAGUACAAGAAAUAUAAGUCUGAAAAGAUGUCUGGGUUGAAAGGAAGAAAGGACACAAAAAUGAGGAUCCGAGCAUUUCCCAUGACGAUGGAUGAAAAGUAUGUAAACAGCAUAUGGGCCCUCCUGAAGAAUGCUAUACAAGAGAUCCAGAAGAAAAAUAACAGUGGGCUUAGCUUUGAGGAGCUAUACAGAAAUGCAUAUACGAUGGUCCUACAUAAACAUGGAGAGAAACUUUAUACAGGUCUAAGGGAGGUCGUAACAGAACAUGCUGUUGUUAAGGUGAAGACUGAAGUUCUAGAAUCACUACACAAUAACUUUUUACAGACUUUAAAUAGCUCAUGGAAUGACCACCAGACUUCCAUGGUCAUGAUACGUGAUAUUCUCAUGUAUAUGGAUAGGGUGUAUGUACAGCAGAACAAUGUAGAUAAUGUAUACAAUCUAGGACUUAUGAUAUUCCGUGACCAAGUGGUCCGGUGUCCAGAAAUUCAGGACUUUUUAAGAGAAACACUUCUAGAUAUGGUAGCUAAGGAGCGCAAAGGAGAAGUUGUUGAUAGGGGAGCUGUAAAGAAUGCAUGUCAGAUGCUCAUGGUUCUCGGGAUUGAUUCACGCUCAGUGUACGAAGAAGACUUCGAAAAACCAUUUCUAGAUCAAUCUUCUGAUUUCUAUAGGAUGGAGAGCCAAAAGUUCUUGGCUGAGAAUAGUGCAUCUGUGUAUAUAAAGAAAGUGGAGGCGAGAAUCAAGGAAGAGGCAGAGAGAGCAACUCAUUACCUUGAUAAGUCAACCGAAGACCCCAUAGUCAAAGUUCUAGAAGAAGAGCUAAUCAGUAAACAUAUGAAAACUAUAGUCGAGAUGGAAAACUCAGGGGUAGUUCACAUGUUAAAGAACAAUAAGACAGAGGAUCUAGGGUGUAUGUUCAAGCUCUUUGUGCGUGUACCCAGUGGCUUAAAGACCAUGUGUGAUUGCAUCAGUUGCUACCUAAGAGAGCAGGGAAAAGCAUUAGUAGCUGAGGAGGGCUCUGGAAGUAAGAAUGCUAUAACAUUUGUACAGAGUUUGCUUGACCUAAAAGACAGGUUUGAUCACUUCCUACACGAGUCCUUCAACGAUGAUAAACAAUUCAAACAGAUGAUCUCCGGAGAUUUUGAAUAUUUUAUCAACCUGAACACGAAAUCUCCAGAGUAUCUCUCAUUGUUUAUUGAUGACAAAUUAAAGAAAGGAGUUAAGGGGAUGACUGAGCAGGAGAUUGAGAAUGUCCUUGAUAAGAGUAUGGUCCUGUUCCGCUUCCUACAAGAGAAAGAUGUCUUUGAACGUUACUACAAACAACAUCUUGCAAAGAGACUCCUACUCAACAAGAGUGUGUCUGACGAUUCUGAGAAAAAUAUGAUCUCCAAGCUCAAGACGGAGUGUGGUUGUCAGUUCACAUCUAAGCUAGAAGGCAUGUUUAAAGACAUGACAGUCUCUAAUACAACUAUGGAAGAAUUCAAAACACAUGUUACCAGUGCAAGUACCAAUCUGCAUGGAGUUGAUCUGUUUGUAAGAGUGCUAACUACUGGCUUUUGGCCUACCCAGUCUGCCAUGCCCUCAUGUAAUGUACCAGCCGCAGCAACAAACGCAUUUGAUGCAUUUAAACGGUUCUAUCUCGGCAAGCAUAGUGGGAGACAACUAACGCUUCAACCAAAUCUAGGCUCAGCGGAUCUCAAUGCAACAUUUUUUGGUAUCAAGAAAGAGGAAGGAGAUGGCGCUAGUGGUUCUAAUGGCUCGAAAGGACCGAGAAAACACAUUAUUCAGGUGUCAACCUAUCAGAUGUGUGUGCUAAUGCUGUUUAAUAAACAAGAUCGAUUUACAUAUGAGGAAAUCAAGAGUGAAACAGAUAUUCCUGAGAAAGAUUUAAUGCGUGCAAUCCAAUCUCUAGCCCUUGGUAAGAUUACACAGAGAAUUCUCUCCAAGGAGCCAAAAACUAAAGAUAUAUGUCCAGAUCACAUAUUCUCAGUGAAUGAUAUGUUUACAUCUAAGCUGUACAGAGUGAAAAUACAAACAGUUGCAGCUAAAGGAGAAUCUGAACCUGAGAGGAAAGAAACUCGCAGUAAAGUCGAUGAAGACAGAAAACAUGAAAUUGAAGCAGCCAUUGUGAGAAUUAUGAAGGCGAGAAAAAAAUUACAACACAAUGUUCUUGUUGCUGAGUGCACUGAACAGCUCAAAGCCAGGUUUCUUCCCAGUCCAGUAGUUAUAAAGAAACGAAUUGAGGGCCUUAUAGAGAGAGAAUAUUUAGCUAGAACACCAGAAGAUAGGAAAAUCUACACUUAUGUUGCCUAAGGACUCUGUUUACUGUGGAUUUUAUUUACUGGGACUUUCGUACCUCAUUAUCCAGUCCAGAACAUCAAAUGCUUAAUUGGAAAUACAUUAGAAACCUUAAACUAGCAGGCUGAUGCGUAGUAUGAUGUCAUAAGUAACCAAACUUCAAAAGGCUCUACCUUAAAUUCUAUUCAAAGUAACCCCAUAAUGUUUUUAAUUCAUAAUACCUGGAACUCACAUCAACAGACUGGUACAAAUUUCCCAUCCUGAAAAAUUCCAAGCUUGAAGAAAUUGCUCCCUAGUAGCCAGAUGGCAAGCACUAAAAGAAAGAUUUCAGCUCUAAAAGACAACUAAAUCACUUUCUAUAUACAAAAAGAUUAUUUCAAGCUUCGUCAAUUACCAAAAGAGGUAUAAUAGUCUAUUGAUGUAGCUGGUUACGUAUUAUUACGUCUUAAAAAUGUUGGUGGUAAUUUAGGUUUAGAAUUUAUGAUGAUGGCCCCAUCAUUUAAGACUCUAUUUUAAACUAAACACUCAUUGUUAAAGUGUUAUAAAAGCUUUUGAACAAAUGUUCUAUGGUAAAUAAACAACUAUUAAAUGCUUUAUGUUGCAUGUGAUCAGUAUG